GCCGCAACAGCAGAAGCACGCUCGGCUGCAAAAGAGAAAAAGUCGCAGCAGGAUGAUCUAGAGUCGCUUCAAAUCACUUUUUACGAGAUCGAGUCAUGGAUCGAAAAGACCACGCCUGUGCUUUCGCGCAUGACCAAAGAACUCGAUAAGGCUUCCCGCCAAUUUGAGAAACGACGAGGAGCAACAACGACGACAUCAUCGAACGAUCCAGUCGAGGAUCGGUCGAUGCAGUGGAGCCUUUCGUUUCAACCCGGCAACUCAUUGCGACUCGAGACGAACAUUACAUCCAUUGAACAGCUCGUUGAAGCGGUGCGUAAGAUACGAGUGCUCGCCAAAGAGCCACGAUCGGCAUCAUCGUCAUCAUCCAGCAGCAGCGAAGGCGAUGAUCGAGACGACGACGACAGCGACGAGCUUGCAUCAGCAUCAUCGUCAUCCAGCAGUGUCUCAGUCUGGGUGGAUCCACUGGAGACGGACCCAUCCACCGAAUACUGGCACAUUGCGAUUGGCCGACGUCCACAGACAUGUCUGGAAAACUACAAGCACUGCGAAAUGAACCUGAGCCGACUGACCGAAGAUGUAUCUCCCUCGGUGCUCAACUACAUUGGCCAGGUGUUUUGGGACUGCCUGCACCCCAAGUUCACAUGCGACUGGUAUUCGUUUUGGGACAGAUCAGGCGAUCCGAAAAGGAACCAAGUGUGCAUCGAUUCUGGAUUGGCCGUUGUGUUUUUGCACGUUAUCCGUCACGAUAAUAAUGCAUGCAACAAUGCUCUGGAUAUAGCGUACUAUUACUAUGAUCGAGCGCGCGAAUCGCUCAUGGAAUUCUUUGACUCGCCCGAUUGUGCCACGCUUGAAACCUUGAUGAACUUGACACUCUUUUGUAUGGUCUGCAAACGGCAUUCGCAAGCUCGGAUCUACAUUAGUCUGGCAUUCCGCAUGAUGUUGGAAAUGGGCAUGCACCAGCGCAGCAAGUUGCCGACCGAUCGCAUUUUACGCAAACAGUACCUGAAACUGUACAUGGUGCUCUAUUACAACGAUGUCACGACUUCCAUUUACUCGGGGAGUCCGGAUCUCAUCAUGGACAGCGAUUGCGACAUUGACUUUUACGAAAUUCUUCAGCUCAACAAGAUAUUGCAUCGAAACGGCGAGGCGGGCUGUAACGAAAACAUGGUCGUCAAGGAAACCUAUUUUGUCCAUGUGUUGGAACUGGCACGGAUCGGUAAAAGAACGCGUCUCAUGGUGCGUGACUAUGAACAGCAGAACCAUCAUCAUCAUCAUUCAAAACUGAAUCAGAACGGCGAGUUACCGCUACGUUGGGCAAAGAAGAUCCAGGCUAUUGAGAUUGCGCUGGCGCAAUGGUUUGAUUGUCUUCCAGAUUAUUAUCAUCGACACCCUAUGCCACCAGAAAGGCUACAAGCACAAUCCGGAUUGCUAUUGAUGCUACAGUACCAAACCCAAUGGAUUUUGCUGCACAAGACAUUCUUGUCGAAUAGCCGAGCCGUUUCUCCGUUCACACCGCCACUCGACUCACCCACGAGCCCCUCGUCACCAUCCACGGCCUCGCAACCAUGUUUGCCACAGCAGCGCACAGACCGGUCCCGGGCCAUCUGCACCGACGCUGCGAACCGCAUUGUGGUGCUGGCCGAACUGAUCUCGGAACGCUAUGGUUGGUGUGUCUGUCAACAAUUCAUCAACUGCAUCUACCAAGCAUCGACCAUCUAUUGCCGCAACGCAUUGAUCAAGGACGAAGAAUGUCGACACCAUGCCAAAUCCAUGAUUCACCGUAUCAUACGUGUACUUGGAUCGAAUAGUCACAAUUACCAAGGUCUACCGAAUGAUCUUACUGCUUGUUUGCAUGAGUUUUUGGCUGGGCAUGACAUGCAGUCCUCUUCUUCUUCUUCUUCUUCUGAACAAGUA